UUCUGCUCGACAAAAGACGAAUGACUUGAAGUUAACAGCUUGAGAAAAUGACAAAUGACAGUUCUGAGCCGUUCAGCACGAGCUGCGUUUUCUGUGUAACAUCACAACAUGAAUAUUCUGCCAAAGAAAAGAUGGCAUGUGAGAACCAAAGAAAAUAUUGCAAGAGUUCGCAGAGAUGAGGCACAAGCCGCCGAGGAAGAAAAGGCUCGAAUAGAAAGAUCUAAACUUGCUGAUCAAGAAGCCAGAACAGAAUUACUGCGAAAACGUGCUAGAGAGACAUUUAACACCCAUGUAGAUGAUCAUAAAAACUUGGAAGCAUCUGAAACUCUGAAUCAUGUUAAUUUCUUUUCUGAUAUAGAAAAUGGUCAAGACUGUACUAAAAGAAAAAAUGUGGAUCACGAGAAAGAGAUUAAAGAAGAGAAAGAAAAAUAUGAAAAACAAAUUGGAUAUCUCACUUAUUUAGGUCAGGAUACAAAUGAAGCAUUAGGUAAGAAGAAUUGGUAUGAUGUUUUGCCAGAAAGGAAACAAGCCAAAAAUUCUGAGGAGAAAGGUAUAGAGGUGGGAUUAAAAUUGAAACAUUUUCAUGAUCCUUACCAAAUCAUAAAAAAAUACAAAACAUCAAAUGGAAAAGCCGAUGAAAUUAAUAGAGAUAUUUCAAGAAAAAUUAAGCACAAAUUGAAACACAGUAAAGUAUCAAAAAAAGAAAGUAAAGUAUCAAAAUCAUCUAAGCAUAAGAAAAAACAUAGUCGAAAAAAAAAAGAAACUCUUAAUAUUGUGACUCAAAAAAGUACUAAGAUAGAGGAAUUACGCAAAGCAAGGCUAAAAAGAGAAGCAGAAGAGCGUCUAAAAGCAGAUAUGUUAUUAGGAAAAACUGAACCAUCAAAAUGUAAACCUAACAUUAUUGGGGAAACAUCAGCAAUCACACAAAAAUAUAAUUCACAGUUUAAUCCUGAAUUUGCCAGACAAAAUUAUGCAGCAUCGAACAAAAUUGUAUGAAUUUGAGUCUUUAGCAAUACUAUACAAAAGAAAAUAUUUUAAUUUGUAUUACUAGUUAUAUAUUAUAUAAAUAUCAGUCAUAAUAUUGAGACUUCAUACAUUCACAUGCACGCUUCUGCCGGAAUUGUUACAC